GUUAUCACAACAUGCAAUGAAUUUUAUUACAAUGUUGUGUACUGUCUCUUCGAAAUGUUUGCAAAUAGGUUUGUAGAAGUGAUAUUGAUCACGGCUGUGAUAAGCAUUGCUGGCGGAGAAACAAAUUUCGUCAACAAAGACACCAAGUUGAGAGGUUUCUUUGAGCCACAGUGGUUUAAGGACAACAUUCCAUUUGUUGAGGUACCGGACAAAGAAAUCGAAGACGUCUACUACUAUCGCUGGUCCUCGCUAAAACGACAUUUGCGGUACACUGUUCCUGGAGCUGGAUACAUUAUUACAGAAUUCGUGCACAGGGUCGGCUAUUCUCAGAAAUUCGAUACGAUCAAUGCAGCCGCUGGACAUCAUAUUUACGAGGCAAGGUGGUUAAGAAAUACGCGAUAUGUCCAGGAUUACAUUAACUUCUGGUCAAGAGAAGGUGGAGCCGCCCAACAAUAUUCGGAAUGGAUAGCUGACGCUGCAUAUAAGUCUUUCCUGCUCAAUGGAGAUGUUGAUUUUAUCAAAUCUCAGCAACUAGGUCUCGUCAACAAUUACAACGGUUGGAACGAUCGAUUCGAUCCGACUUUAGGACUGUAUUUCAUUUCUCCACAUGACGAUGCAAUGGAAAUGUCUGCCAGUUCUGUUCAAACAGAUGAUCCGUAUCAUGGUGGGCUGGGAUACCGGCCAUCAUUCAAUUCGGAAAUGUAUGCAAACGCUGUUGCCAUAUUUCAAAUUGCAACAUUGAAUGGGGAUUACGUAACUGCUGGGGAGUUCCGUCAAAGAGCGGAUGCAUUGAGAGAGGCCAUUCUCAAUUUUCUUUGGGAUGAUGACAGGAAAUUCUUUUAUCACAUGUUUCGACACAACAAUCCAAGUAAUCAACUUUUGGAUACACGAGAAGAAAUCGGUUUUUUCCCGUGGAGAUUCAUGGUUCCUGAGGAGAGGAACAGAAAAUACGAUGAAGCAUGGCAAGAACUGUUCGAUAGUCAAGGAUUCGAUAGUUUGUAUGGACCAACAACGUGUGAAAUGAGAAGUCAAUGGUACGAUGGAAAUCAAACGUCUCAAUGUUGCUGGUGGAACGGCAAUUCUUGGCCAUAUUCAACUGGUCACACUUUGAACUCGUUAGCUAGCCAAAUAAGAAGCUACGCUAGCACAGCCUACGCAAAGGUGGAAAAUUUCGUUCAACUGUUGCAUAAAUACGCAGACACGCAAUUUAAGAAUGGAAAGCCGUAUGUGGCUGAGUGUCAUUCUCCUACAACAAAGUUAUGGGUUUGUGACGGAUUCAACCACUCCGAUCACUAUGCUCACUCGACGUAUACGGACAAUGUACUGGGCGACCUGAUUGGUAUAGAACCUCAAUCAGACGAUGUGUUCAAAGUUAACCCUUUGGUACUUCCGAGCUGGGAUUACUUUAUUGCCGAGAAUAUUGCGUACCAUGGCCACAACAUUACAGUAUUGUACGAUCGCGAUGGAAGUCGUUAUGGAACUGGUAGCGGAAUGCAAAUCUUUGUGAACGGUGAAUUGACUGCCAGACAGAAUGAUGUUGGUCCUAUGCAAGUGGCUGUUCCUCAUCCAAUACAAUAUACCAAUUUCGAUGGAGCGAAAAGGGUGGAAAAUUACGCAGCAAAUGUGAAUGGAUACGGAUAUCCAAUGGUCGACGCAAGUUUCACCAGCAUUCACGCUAGUGUUUGGCAUGUUGUGGACGGAAGAAUAUUUUACGAUCAAGUUCCCACUAAUCGAUGGACGAACUAUGGUUCACCAAAUCCAACUGAUUGGUUUUCGCUGGAUUUUGGACCUGGAAGAUACAAAACUAUCAGCCAAAUUAAGUUGUACGUCUAUUCGGAUGUUGCUACCGGGGAAGGUGAUGUGGACUGUUACAAGUCCAUAACGAUAGAAGUGUUCAAUGGACAAAACUGGACUCCAGUGCAGAAUCAAAAAUCUGUUCCAUCGAUCUGCAUCAACAAUGACGUCAACAUUGUUGAAUUCACUCCAGUAAGGACACGAAUGCUUCGGAUAGUGUUCACUAGAGACGAAGAUCGUAAUCACUUCGUUGGACUCACGGAGAUGGAGGUUUGGGCUCCUUGGCCACAGACGGUCGUUGGUAGUACCUACGAAGCCGAAGACGGAUGGAUAAAUGAAGCGAAUGUGAGAGAAAGUUCUACAGCAUCUGGAGGUUCCUAUGUUGGCCAAAUAAACGACAAUGCAGCUUUUGUCGAGUUCGCAGGUGUUUGGUUGGAAGCUGCUGGUGACUAUACAGUCAAUGUUUUCUAUGCUAACGGAGAAAAUGUCGCUGCGAUGAAUGUCCGUGUAAACAACAUCCAUUCGAGCAUUGCUAUAUUCCCGAAAACAGGAGUUUGGGGGGAAUUCAGUGAAGAAAGUUUUAUUGAAUUGAAUAUUCCGUUGUUGAGAGGGAACAAUGUGCUCGUAUUUGAGCAUGGAAUUAACUUUGUUGAGUUGGAUAAAAUAACCAUUGUAAUUGAGAACGAUGAGCCCAGUCACGGUCAAAAAGUUGGUGUAAGUGUUCUGAUAAAUUUGAUUACUGUUUUAAUUACACUUACGCUAGGAUAGCUUGUGUAUA